AGCUCAAUGGCAAUACCGUAGUUAAAUACGACUACAUGCCUUAUUUGUUCCUUAAAAUCUCUUUAUAUACUUAGUUUCUUUAUUCGAUGACGAUAUAAUACAUAUCUAUAGCACAACUAUAGGCCCCUGAGCUUUCCUCCUACGAGCUUGCUUUUCUUAUCUCCAAAAGAAUCCAUUAAUUUCUUUUUUCAAAUUUACUUUACUGUUCAGUUUCUGUAAUGGAUGAUCGCAAGGAGAAGGCUGCACCAUGGCUAUCAGUGCCACAAUUUGGAGACUGGGAUCAAAAGGGUGGUGUAAUGCCAGACUACUCAAUGGAUUUCUCAAAGAUAAGAGAGAACAGGAAACAGAACAAGAGGGAUUUGUCAAGAGCCAGUCUUGGAAAUGAGGAAGAACUUAUUUCCUCAGCUAAUAAAAAGUCAAAUACUGUUCACUCAGCCCACAGUGAUGAGCUCCAUUGCCAUCAAAACCACUCUCCAACUACGAGGAGAAGCAUAUUCAGCUACUUCAACUGCUGUGUGAAAGCUUGAAGCUCAUGGGAUUUAUUCUUGUAUUUUUCUAACUUCUAUGUAAUGAUAAUGUUUCAAGGUGAUUUUAUGGUACUCUUCUAUGAAAUCGGACCUAUUCUGGCUUUUGAAGAUCAAUUUCUUAUCAAGUA